AUGCCUAUGUGGACCUGCGAUUUUGCUGGUUGCGAAAAACCGGCCGUCCGUAAUCUCGGUGAUUGUGUACUGUGCAACCGCCAUCUAUGCUCCCAACACCUUCAGCACGGCGUUCACGAAUGUCCUACAUGGGAGGACACGGAUAUAUACGAUCCCGCGGCUCGGGCUGCUGAAGCAGAUGAGCUUAAGGUGUUAAUCAAGAAGAUCAACACUUCUGCUCUGGCAGCUCGAGCCAGCCACUUACGUGAGGGAAUACCCUGCUCAAUUCUACCACUUCAGUACGACAGGGCAACGCGAAGCUCUGUGAUGGGUGGCAUGAAUUAUCAUAUUGAAGUCUGCUUUGACGACGGAAUCAAAUGGAUCGCCCGUGUUCGCAGAUUCAACGCUACAUCGCCUCCGGCGGUGCUGCGGGAUUAUAUCGUUCAGAGCGAAGUCGCAACCCUCAAGUUCCUCGAGCGGACCAAUGUACCUGCCUCGAAAGUAUUUGAUUUUGCACUGGAAGAUGCGAACAAUCCUGUUGGAGUUGGUUAUAUUCUAAUGGAAAAGCUGCAUGGGACGUCUUUGAGAUGGUCUGUUGCAACGCAAGAACAGAGAAGAAAGGUGAUGGAACAACUCGCGGACGUAUUCGUCGAGCUUAGCAAAUAUCCCUUUGAUCAUCUUGGCUCCCUUCAUUGCCUGGACGGCUUUCAUGUUGGCGCAUUUGCUCGGGAAUCACUUACCGACUUUGUGCAAUCCGGAAUGCGUACAAUGGGUCCAUUCUCGUCUCUGGAGGAGUAUCACAAGUCCGAAAUUCGGCUCAUAUUGGAUCUGAUUCUUCGGGAAGAGAUCUACUCGGAGCAAGCGGUGGAUGCCUACCUAAUACACCGAUUUCUCUUCGACUUGAUCCCUAUUGUGUUGUCGCAGCCGGCGCAGUACGAACACAAAUACUAUUUGAAACACGCUGACGAUAAGGGAGAUCAUAUCAUGGUGGAUGAAGACUUCAAUAUCACUGGUAUCAUCGAUUGGGAGUGGGCUUAUACCGCCCCGCCAAUCCAUGCUUUUAACUCCCCUAUUGGCUUUUUGCCGGUUGCUGAAUUCUAUCGGGGUGCGAAUAAUCUAGGUAGCGAUGAAAUUAUCUUUGCACGUAUCUUAGAGGAAAAGGGUCAUCUGGAUCUGGCAGGUUUUGUCCGGAACGGCCGGUUACAGCACAGGUUUUCUUUUUGUUGCGGAUACGAUCUCAUAGACUGGGAUGGAUUUCUCGGUCUCUUUCAAGGGCUUCGAGAUGCCGUAAAGAUAGAUGACGGCGUAGAUUGGGAUAGUUGGAGAUCGGCUGCAUUGUAUCGUUACAGGGAGGAUACUGGCUUGCAGCUGUUAUUGUGUAGGCAUGGGAGCUUAGUUUCCGAGGGUUGA